AUGUCUCAAUCAACUCAUUCUUAACUAAAUGAAUCUGAAAUACAGAAAAUAAACUAUCCACAUUUGGCUGAUGUGAGAUAUGAGGAAAACACAGAAAAGGUAUUCAUAGGAAUACCAACGCAGAAUCAAUUUAUUCAGAGUGGAAUACCAAUUCCAACAGGUUUUCUUGUCACUCCUAUGUACAACACAGAUUCUAAUGGAACUAAUCUUCCAUUUGAUGCUCAAGGAUCAAUAAUCCCAAUUCAAAUUUAGUGUAAAUAUUGCAAGAAAGCUGGAACUACUCUUAUGCAAUAUAGAUCAGGCCCUUAAACUUGGAUUGUUGCAUUUUUCAUAUUUAUAUUCUUCUUGCCUCUUGUGUUUCUGCCUUUUGUAUUAAAGAGCACAAAAGAUAGAGUCCAUUACUGUCCAAACUGCGGAUAAUGUGUUGGCAAGAAGAAGUUCAAACUUUGUAAUAGUGAUUGA